AGCACAUUACCUGUGGAGGGCAGAGGGAGCCACCUUCUAGGUGCAUCAUUCCAACUCUCCUAGAUCAAUCUGCUGCCAUCGGUGUGCACUGAAGGACUUGCCCUCACACACCGCUGCUCCCUCCCUCUACCCCAAGACCCCACUUCUCACCAUGAGGCUGUUAUUUCUUCUCUUCAUCCUCCUUGUGUGUCUUGCUCAGACUACAUCAGGGCGCAAAAGAAACUCAAAGUUUCGUCCGUGUGAGAAAAUGGGUGGCAUUUGCAAGUCUCAGAAAACUCACGGAUGCUCUAUCCUGCCUGCAGAAUGCAAGAGUCGAUACAAACACUGCUGUAGGUUGUGAUGGCCAGUUGCUGAUACAUGCAGUACUGCCAGAGAGCAGUCAACUGCUCUGAUUUCUGGGAAAUAAAAACACCACGAUGUACAGCU